GUAAACACAAGCGUGUCGUGCGGUGACGAGUUCAUGCUGAUGUUACAGGAUCCCGCACUGUAUUUCACAUCUCUGUGUAUAUCGUGGUUCAUAUUUAGGGUGUAGAUUCGGGUAAAGAUAAAGAGAGAACCCCGGUGCACUCCUCCAGUCCCCUCCCCCGGCGCUCAGGCGCCUGUAGCCGGCAGAGGAAAGCUCUUUUUCGGUCAGAUGGCGUGCCGCAGUCCGCCCCCACAUUUCUCUCGCCCACACUAGCAGCAAAAAGACUCUCAUUAACAACCCAGAUACUGCCAGCAAAAAGCAGCCAGGCACGGACUUGGACGCUCCGCACUUUUAUUCUCAUUGUUUACCUUUAAACUAUUUCUAUAAACAUGCUCGAGUGGUUUAAUGUCGAGUUUAUUCAGGAGAAAUAACACCAGGCGAUUUCUUUAUCUACACUCAAACAUGCAGUGUCGCACUUUUAUUCUGUAAACAAAGCAAGAAAUCCAGCAAACUGAGAGCAAAGACAAUCUAACACCAGAGAAAGCAACUAAAAAAAAAAAAAGGGGCGAGGAAUCAGCAAAACAAAACGUGUCCCAGUGUUUGUCUAUUCCGAUUCCUGAAUCGGUUCUUUCGGAAUCCCACGAGCUGUAGUAGAGCAGCAGGAGGAUGUCGGUGCCGCGCACGUUGGGCGAGCUGCAGCUGUACCGUGUGCUGCAGAGAGCAAACCUGCUCAUGUACUACGACACCUUUAUCCAGCAGGGCGGUGACGAUGUGCAGCAGCUGUGUGAAGCUGGAGAAGAGGAAUUCCUGGAGAUAAUGGCUCUGGUGGGGAUGGCUACAAAGCCCCUGCAUGUGCGGCGCUUGCAGAAAGCCCUGCGUGACUGGGCCGCUAAUCCCGCCAUCUUCAACCAACCCCUGACCUCGGCCAUGGGAGGAAUCCCACUUUUUAAAAUCGACAGCAUCGUGGGCUCCAGGAAGUUAAGUAACGGCCAGCCAGCGUCCCCAUGCGACAGGGAGGAUCAGGGAGCUUGUCUGACUCCGCUCCGAGAUAACGGCAGUCCGAGGAGCCCGUGCUCCCAGGCAUCGCCGCUUCCUCCAGAUCACCAUCUAUACAGGGACAAAUUGUCCCCCAUGGAGCCUCACUGGCUCAGUCCAGAAUUAGACGGGAGCGUUGGAGCAGAGGAAGACCAGCCCAGUCCUCCUUUGCCUCUUUUGGUCCACUCUCGUAACAUAGGUCCCUCGACACCACCCACAUCGUCCUCCUCCUCAUCCUCCCCUUGGCCCGGAGGACAGCUGGAUGCAGACACGGUGAAGGCAGUAGGGGAAAGUGUGGAGCGUCUGUUCAGAACAGUGCCGCACACAGACCCAGCCGAGGUGAAGAGUCUCCUGCGGCUGAAUAAGAAGAUGGCCAAAACAGUGGGUCACAUUUUCAUCAUGGAUCCACACGACAAGAGCAAAGAGGAGGAGAUCCGCAAGUACAGCCUCAUCUACGGCCGCUUCGACUCCAAGAGGAGGGAGGGCAAGCAGCUGACGCACCAUGAGAUGAUCAUCAACGAAGCGGCGGCGCAGUUCUGCAUACGUGACAAUGCGCUGUUACUGAGACGGGUGGAGCUUUUCUCUCUGGCUCGGCAGGUGGCGAGGGAAUGUGCCUACACCUCCACGCUGAAACACAGCAGGACCAACCCUGAAGACUGUACCAAUUCCUUUAUGGACAACAGCGCACCAAAAAGAAUCAAACUCGAGGUCACAGAUUCAGACAGCGUUAACCAGAUCCGAGGAUCGAAGAGCGCUGACACGGCGAUCCACAUCGGUCUCAGGUCAGCGGCAGACGACGACAGUCUGUCAGGAGAAAGUCUGGACAGUUUAUCUCAUGAUGUAGGGCCUCACUCUCUCCCCUCGUCAUCCCCCCGCCCCCUUGCCGACACCAUCGGCCCCGUCACCUGGAGUCGCCAGCUCAUGCAGCAAACGCUCAUGGACGAGGGCCUGCGAUUGGCUAGAAUGGUGUCACGUGACCACAUGGCCAAGGUCAGCCUAGGGUCAGAGAAGAGACAGACUUCAGAUUUUUUACCAUCAUUCUGGCGACUCUAAGUCAGGAGCAUUAAUCAGAGAGCCGGAGGGCCGAGCAUCAGACAGACGAGUUUUAAACGCAUCCCAACAGAGCAGCAGCCCUGCCAGCACCAAAGACGACCCUUAAAGGGACACCAACAGGAGCCAGAAGUUGCCUUGCUGCUCAACUCAGGUCUCAUACGACUCGAACCCUCCGGAGAUUUUUACACCUGCUUUCCCAAAACUGUCUCAUGUUAGUUAGCACAUCACAGGUCCAGUGUUAGAAUGUUGAGAAUUGUGAGUCAGUGGCUGGAUGAAGAUGUGUGUUGUAGAUCAGACUGGGUUCUGAAUAGUCUGAGUUUAGUACAGUUCACUGAAUUCUCAGGGGGCGUGGCUUCAUACAACAGUAAUGAGCUGAUGCAUGAUCAGCCAUGACAACCAUACAAUACAAAACAGUUGUUAUGCAAGGCAGCAAAGACACACGUGCACACACACAAAACUGUACUAAUAGAACAGACGACACGCCUCCUUUUCUUGGACUGACAGACACAGAAGCCACACCUUCUUCCUUGGGACUGCAGUAACUCUUUACUUUGGACUAAAGGGCAAUCUUCAUCACUGGGACUAAACAAAGGCCACGCCUUUUUUCAGGAAACUGUCACAUACAGUACAGAGGCCAUGCCUCCUUUAUCAGGACUGACAUAAACAAAGGCCAGGCCUCUUAACCGAGACAGAAGCUGGGAAGUCUCUUUCCCUGAAACUAGCAUUUAUUUCAAUUAAAAUUUAUUGUCACAAAGCAGCUUUACAUGGAUUUGAAAUUUUUAACUUAGCCAUAAUUGACACAGAGGCCACGCCCCUUUAAUUGAAAAAUUGUUUAGUUCUCUGAACCCACACACUAUACACUUUACAGUGCAUUAUGGACUUUUCUCAUUUUGUCAUUAUGUCUGAAAGUAUAAUAGAGAACACCCAGAAAUCCCACAGUGUAUGUACUAGGUAAGAGUCUAAAUGAUCUGGGACAGAUUACCCAUAAUGCACUCUGUGCCAGACUUGGUCAUAAAAGGGCAGGAAGGAGAUUUACAUUUCUUGUAGAUACCUAGCGUAUUUCUGUUGCUGUUACAUCAGUAACACAGCCGUAGGUUUAGGUUCGUGUCUGUGUCCUAAUUAACGGCAUGUAACUUUAGUUUAAAGACACGGUGCAGUGAUAACGUACUACAGACUGGAGCUGAAUCCGAGUCGCUCCGAGUGUAAAAUUAGAUCGUACAGUGAUUAAAGGAACCGGGUUUUUAAUUGUGGUUUAUUAAUUAAGACAAUUUUAACACUAACGGAUUAAACUUAUACAGAAUUUAAGCAUAUGAACUGUAGUAAAAGUAUGGGAUAUUAGUUUGUGUUAUUUUUCAAAACAUUUAAAAGUAGAAAGCGAACUAGGUUUAAAUCCUGAUCCCAUGAGGAUCAUCCGGGAGGUUGUAUGUGUGUGUGUUUUUUUUUUAGCAUCUCAUAGUAGAAAUCAUUGUUGUCUUACUGGCAUCAGAUAAUUUAUUUUUUAAUAUUCUCAAUAAAUGGUAUUUUAUUGUU